AUGUCUUUGGCGCCAUAUGUUCUAGAGACACGAUCAAAUCCAAUCACCAAUUACACACAAGCCUUCUCUCUUCCUCCGAGCCAGGUCUGGGAUGGUAACGAUGGCGCCUGGUCGACAUUCGUCAUUCGCGUUGGCAAUCCUCCACAAUACUUUCGAAUCACUCCCUCAACGGUAGGGGCAGAAUCAUGGGUACCCAUACCAGACAGUUGCGAUCGAGGCGUCAGUUGGUGUGGAAAUGCAAGAGGAGUCAUGCCAUUCAACGCCGGGACUUCCGGUCCAGCCUCUGGAUCUCCAGACGACUGGAACUUUGGAAGUGCAACUGCUCCCUCAAACGGCGGCGCUGCAAAUCCUCUGCUAGCCCAAGGAUUCGUUUCGAACGUCUCGACAACAUGGGCUGGAAAAGGCAAUCACCAAAUCAAUGUCGAAGCGUACCUGAACUCCACUGCCACUGGACAGUACGGUAUCGACAGCGUUGGGAUCGGGGCAGAUGCGGCAGCAGGGUUGACAUUGGACGGCAUAGUGGUCGCAGGCGUACCAACUCUGCCUUUUUACUUGGGGAAGCUAGGAAUGAGACCCUCGAAUACUUCUGGACCUGACGGCAAUACCCCUAGUUUCAUGACCCAGCUCAGGAGCGAGAACAAGAUUCCCAGUCUCUCAUACGGCUAUUCCGCAGGUGCACUAUACAAGCAGCAGCCCGUACUUGGAAGCCUCACAUUUGGCGGUUAUGAUGCCUCGCGAUUCAUUCCUAACAACAUGACUUUCGGUAUUGACAAAUCUGCAAACCUCAACAUCCCUAUACAAAUGAUCAGUGCCAAUCAAACUCUCAGCAAGAACACUACCCUGAUGGCAAACAAUAUUACAGCCGUCAUUGACACUACAACGCCCCACACCUGGCUUCCUCUUUCAGUGUGCCAGGCAUUCGAGAAAGCCUUCGGCCUGAAAUGGGACGAUAACACAAAAUUGUACCUUGUAAAUGAUACAGUACAUCAGCAGCUUUUGAACCAAAACCCUCAAAUUACUUUUCAAUUCGGCUUCUUCCCCAGCCAGACGGUCAACAUCUCCCUUCCCUACGCCGCUUUCGACCUUCAAGCCUCCAAGCCGUUCUAUGACAAUGGAACGAAUUACUUUCCCAUCCGACGGGCUACCACACCAAAUCAAUACACACUGGGUCGGGCGUUCUUUCAAGAAGCCUACCUCAUUGCUGACUACGACGCCGGCAAUUUCUCCGUCCUACAAGCCACAUCCCCACCCCCGCCAAACUCGAACAUUAUCACUAUAAACCACAAUCCUAGCGCACCUUCCAUUCAAGGUACCUCAGCAACCCCUGAUAAGUCCACAAUCAGCCAUGGCGCCAUAGCCGGCAUAGCAAUUGGCGCCUCGGUAGCCUUGAUCAGCAUAUUCGUCCUCCUCUUCCUCUGGUACCGCCGCUAUCGAAAUAAAUGUCGCCAAGAACAUGCUCGAAACAACGCUCGCUCCCCAAAACAACUAUCAAUGACUUUCUCCUCCAGCACCGGUCGCUCCGGACACAUGAUAGAUGAAAAGUAUGACAUCAAAGGCAGUCAUGGUAGUAGCGAGUCCUCUAACUCCCGCUCCAACACAUCAAAUCGAAAUCGUGACCGCGAUCGUGGCCACCAUUGGGAUAACGACCGCGACCCUCGGCUUCAGCGCUCACAUAGCGGCCUCUCGCCUGGUGGUGCUGCUGAAACGACAUUGAUCGGUAGCCCAACGACUUACGCUAACGGCCACAGUCCAGUAGACGGACGAAUAGAGCUCGACAGUCCUCUCAAGGAGGGAUUAAGUCGGGAGUACAGUCUGAGCAAGCCAUUACCACGACCGCCACAAGAGUUGGGAGGAAGUGAAGCUGCGAGGGAGCUGUACCAGCGUGGGAGCACCAGCACGGCGCCUGGAAAAGGGGAGAAAGGGUGGAGGGAUGGAUAUAGGUCUGGUAGUGGGGCAAGAGGGAGCCAGGACUUGGAUGGGCCUGGAAGUCACGUGGGACAUCUGGGCCAUAUGUCAAGUCGGAGAGGUAGUAGACGGAGUCAAGAUACCCAGGGUAGCGGAGGAUUGAGCACCGAGGAAGCGCAGAAGAAGAGGAUAAGGCAUAUUUAUGAGAUGAUGGCUUGA